AGGAGAAGGGGGCAGAGCAGGGAUGGAGCGGGCCGAACGUGUCGCCUCCUCUCUCCUGGACUGAUGCUGUAACCCCGGAGAGGGGCUGCCCCCCCCCCUUGCCCAUCGCCCGCCCCCCCGCCUCCCCUGCCCCGAGAAGAGAGCAGCCAGGUUGCCGGGGGGCGGUGGGCACCCGCCCCUCGCCCUCCACCCCUCCCACGCCUUCGGGGGACCCUCCAGCCCCAGCCAGGAUGAGGCGGUUGAGGCGCCUGGCCCGCCUGGUCCUCUUCUGCCCGCUGUCCAAGAGCUUGCAGAGUCGUCUCCCAGGCAUUAAGGUGAAGUAUCUCUUCCUAGCGUGGCUGGGCAUCUUCGUGGGCAGCUGGGUGGUGUACGUGCAUUACUCAUCGUACUCCGAGCUCUGCCGUGGGCACGUCUGCCAGAUGAUCAUUUGUGACCAGUACAAGAAGGGGAUCAUUUCCGGCUCCACCUGUGCUGACCUGUGCGAUGACCACACUCUGGUGUUCCAACAGUGCCUCUCCCCCUCCUCCACCCAGCAGGUGUACGGCGGGCUGUGGAAGGGCCGAGCAGUCGUCAUUAAAUGCGGGAUCCAAGAAGCCUUCAAGGCAGGAAACAACCCAGACUCGACCCUGAGGAGAGAGCUCAUGCUCUUUGACAAACCUACGAGAGGCACAUCAAUGGAUGAAUUCAGGGAGAUGCUUCUGAAUUUCCUCAAAUCGAACCUGGGAGAUCAGACUUCUCUCGCGACCCUCGUGAGUCAGAUCAUCACCAUGGCAGACGUCAACCAGGAUGGGAAAGUGUCCCUGGCCGAAGCCAAGUCCAUCUGGGCUCUGCUUCAGCUGAACGAAUUUCUCCUGUUGCUCUCUUUGCACGAGAAGGAGCACACGUCCAAACUGCUGGGGCACUGCGGGGACCUGUACCUCACGGAGAAGACCCCUCACCACACCCUCUACGGGACCGAAAUCCCCCGCUUCCUUCGGCCGCUACUGCCUUCCCCCGUCCACAAAGUCAUCCACCAGUGGUUGGCCCCGGCCUGGCCCCGGAGGGCCAAGAUCGCCAUUGGCCUCCUGGAGUUCGUGGAAGAGAUCUUCCACGGCACCUACGGGACCUUCUACAUCUGCGAGACCAGCUCCAAGAACGUGGGCUACAACGACAAGUACGACUUCAAGAUGGUCAACCUGAGGGAGGUGGCCACCGAGACGGCCGUCCGGGCCUUCCUCCGGGGCCGCCGCUGCGAGCGCAACGCGGACUGCACCUUCGGGCGAGACUGCACGGCCUCGUGCGACAGACUCCUGAAACAGUGUAAGGGCGACCUGAUCCAGCCUAACCUCGCCAAGGUCUGCGCGCUGCUUCAGGACUACUUGUUGUCCGGCUCCCCGGCCGACCUCCGGGAGGAACUCCAGAAGCAGCUGCGAACUUGCACGACCCUCAGCGGGCUGGCCAGCCAGAUGGAGGUACAUCACUCGCUGGUGCUCAACAACCUCAAGACCUUGCUCUGGAAAAAGAUUUCCAAUACCAAAUAUUCCUAAAGGGCGGAGUCUCAUCCCAACAGUCCCCCCCACUGAUAGCACCCCAUGGUUCUCAGUUGAGUUCUGGCUCCUGGCCAGCCCUCCCAUUGACACCCCCCAUCUCCUGGCCCCUGCUCCUCACCCACCAGAGUCUAAAUAGAAGCAACCCGUACUGGUCCACCUGAAGAAGUAGCACCAGUGAUCCUAUGGCCCAAUGUGCCCCCUGGUUAGUGACAUGAUCACCGUGGCAGACAUCAACCAGGAUGGGAAAGCACCAUUUCGGCUCAAUACAUUUCUCUAGGUUGAAAGAGGCUGGGGCGGGGAGGGUUGGGUCAGGCUGAGGGACUGGACUCUAGCUGGGAGCAAUUUUUCCUGUUCAUCAAGGAAGUCGGAAGUGCCGGCCAUGAAGGAAUCAAGCUGCUACUGUUUUGGAUUUUUUUUUAAAUUUUGGAAUACCUGCUGUAAAUAAAUGACUUUGUGAGCGUU